AUGGGGAAGAAGCUGUGGGCUCUCCUCAUCCUCUGCAGGAAGUACAAGCACUUUUGCGCUCUUUUGACCUGUGAGGUUGUGUUUACAAUCCAGGUGUGCCAGGCUCAGGUGGAGAGCAGAGGAGACGGCAUCUUCAGUAGAGCGGUUUUAUUGGGGAAGAAGGCCCUAGCAUCCAGUUUGCAUCCCCUGCUCAAUAUGAAGCUCAAACGAUCCUUCCAGGGGAUAAGGCCCAACAUCCAGUUUGCAGGCGGAUAUUCAUAUUCCUCUAAAACAGUGAAGUGUUCCAGCUCUUGUGUUUUACCCUCCCAAUCUACAUAUGUUUGGUACGAAAAUGGACAGAAGAUCGGCCAGGAUAAAUCUACGUUUUCAAAAGAUUUUGGCUCUAAAGACAGCAUAUCCUGCGCUAUUAAAGGACAUGAGGAUUUCCCUGCUCCUUUAUUAUAUGCUCCAGUUUCUCCUUCUCUCUCAGCUGAUCCCUCUGCUGACAUAUUUGAAGGCAGCUCAGUGACUCUGAGGUGCAGCAGUGAAGCUAAUCCACCAGCAAACUACACUUGGUACAAGAAGACUCAAACUUCAACCCUUCAACUUCUAAGUCGAGCUUCAGAGCUUCUCCUGAAUAAAAUCCAAUCGCCUGACUCUGGUGAAUACUACUGUGAAGCUGAGAACCAGCUGGGGAAAAGAUCUAAUAACCUAAAUGUUGAUGUGAAAUAUGCCCCAAAGCCUUUUGUUGUGUCAACGAGUCACAAGGAAGUCGUGGAACUUAAUUCAUUGACUCUGACCUGCAGCAGUGAUGCUAACCCAGAACCUUCUUACAGUUGGUACAAAGACAACCUAAUGAUGCCUGUACGACAUGGAGGUGUGUUUCACUUCCCAGCUGUUAGGUCUGCGGACAGCGGGACCUACUAUUGUAGAGCUGAGAAUAAAUAUGGAUGGAUCAACUCUUCAUCUGUUCACAUAAAUGUGGAGUAUCCACCAAGGCUCCCCUCUGUCUCUGUGAAUCCUCCUGGUGAGAUAGUGGUGGGAGGUUCAGUGAAUCUGACCUGCAGCAGUGAUGCUAACCCAGCAGCUACGUAUGCCUGGUACAAAGAGAACACAGCUUUAUCAGCAGCAGAUGGACCAAUGCUGACCAUUGUUGACAUCAGAUAUGAACAUGGUGGAAAUUAUUACUGUGAGGCCAGAAACAGCAAGGGGCAGCAUAACUCCACCCUACAACAUAUCAUGGUUUCAACUGAACCCAAAACACCUAAACAUAAGGAGGAGGAGGAAGUGGAGUAUUCAGUGGUCAUGGUCAAGAAGACCCCUAGACAGAAGAUCGACUCUGAUAAAUCUACAAUUUCAAUCAAAAGUAUCUAUCUAAACAGCAUAUCCUGCGCUGUUAAAGGACAUGAGGAUUUCCCUGCUCCUUUAUUAUAUGCUCCAGUUUCUCCUUCUCUCUCAGCUGAUCCCUCUGCUGACAUAUUUGAAGGCAGCUCAGUGACUCUGAGGUGCAGCAGUGAAGCUAAUCCACCAGCAAACUACACUUGGUACAAGAAGACUAAAACUUCAACCCUUCAACCUCUCAGUCGAGGUUCAGAGUUUCUCCUGAAUAACAUCCAAUCGUCUGACUCUGGUGAAUACUACUGUGAAGCUGAGAACCAGCUGGGAAACAGAAGAUCUACUAACCUAAAUGUUGAUGUGAAAUAUCCUCCAAGGCUCCCCUCCAUCUCUGUGAAUCCUCCUGGUGAGAUAGUGGUGGGAGGUUCAGUGAAUCUGACCUGCAGCAGUGAUGCUAACCCAGAACCUUCCUACAGUUGGUACAAAGACAACCUAAUGAUGCCUGUAGGAUAUGGAGGUGUGUUUCACUUCCCUGCUGUUAGGUCUGAGGACAGCGGCACCUACUAUUGUAGAGCUGAGAAUAAAUAUGGACGGAUCAACUCUUCAUCUGUUCACAUAAAUGUGGAGUAUCCUCCAAGGCUCCCCUCUGUCUCUGUGAAUCCUCCUGGUGAGAUAGUGGUGGGAGGUUCAGUGAAUCUGACCUGCAGCAGUGAUGCUAACCCAGCAGCUACGUAUGGCUGGUACAAAGAGAACACAGCUUCACCAGCAGCAGAUGGACCAAUGCUGACCAUUGUGAACAUCAGACAUGAAGAUGGUGGAAAUUAUUACUGUGAGGCCAGAAACAGCAGGGGGCAGCAUAACUCCACCCUACAAUUGAUUGUGGGUUCAAGUUCAUCCACAGCUGCUGUUGCUGGAUCCAUCACUGUUAUUCUCCUGGUGGGUUUGUUUGUGUUUGCCUUCAUCCUUUUUAGGUGAGAAACUCCUUUUUACAUCUUCAAAGCCGUUUACUAUCUAUCUGGGAUAUCAUGUGAUUCUUUCUUUUAUUUCUUUUGAUCAUAUUUGCAGGAAAAAGAUGGCAUCAAGCCCAACAUCUGAAAUCAGACAGAAUUCUGGCAGACAGCUGGAGACUCCACCAACUGCAGCUCUUGGAAAUACAACAGAUCAAGAUGAGCUUUGCUAUGCUGGUGUGACUUUCUCUAAGAAACAAGAGGAACCUGUUUAUUCUAACUUCAUGCAAGCUCAACCCAAAACACGUCAACAUAGGGAGGGGGAGGAUGUGGAGUAUUCAAUGGUCAUGUGCAAGAAGAC